CUCUCUCCCGGGUGGACCUUGACGGUGCUGCUUGGAUCCUCUGGCUGGUGUUUGGAUUCUGUUUGUUGCUGCAGACUUCCUCGGCCCGGGCCCCAGCUCAGUGAAGACAAGUUGCGCGUGGGCACCAUGAAUCGCUUGGGCUCGGUGCAGCGGAAGAUGCCGUGCGUGUUUGUGACGGAGGUGAAAGCUGAGCCUUCAGCUAAGCGGGAGCAUCAGCCAUUUAAAGUUUUGGCAACUGAAACUCUAAGUGAAAAGGCAUUAGAUGCAGAUGUGUACAAUGCGGUUGCAACAGAAAAAGUGGAUGGAACAUGUUGUUAUGUUACUAACUACAAAGGUCAGCCAUACCUUUGGGCGCGACUAGAUAGAAAACCUAACAAGCAAGCUGACAAAAGAUUUAAAAAAUUUCUACAUUCAAAAGAAAAUGCAAAAGAGUUUCAUUGGAACACGGAGGAAGACUUCAAGCCUGUCCCAGAGUGCUGGAUACCAGCAAAGGAAAUAGAAAAACAGAACGGGAAGCCAGUGCCUGAUGAAAAUGGACACAUUCCUGGUUGGGUACCAGUAGAAAAGAACAGCAAGCAGUAUUGCUGGCACUCGUCUGUAGUGAGUUAUGAGCUUGGAAUUGCCCUGGUACUAAGGCACCAUCCUGAUGAUCCUGGGGUUUUGGAAAUUAGUGCUGUUCCCCUGUCAGAGCUUUUAGAGCAAACUCUGGAGCUGAUAGGAACGAAUAUCAAUGGAAACCCAUAUGGGCUAGGAAGCAAGAAAUACCCAUUACAUUUUCUUACACCACAUGGGGCAUUCCAGGUCAGAAACCUGCCUACACUGAAACACAAUGACCUGCUGUCCUGGUUUGAAGACUGCAGAGAGGGUCAAAUAGAAGGGAUUGUGUGGCAUUGCGGUGACGGCUGUUUAAUUAAGGUCCACCGCCACCAUCUUGGUUUAUGCUGGCCACUUCCGGAUACCUACAUGAACUCCAAACCAGUUAUUAUUAACAUGAACCUGGACAAAUAUGACUGUGCUUUUGAUCACCAGUCUUUGUUUAAUAAGUUUUCAAAAAUAGAUAAGCAGAAAUUUGAUAGGCUCAAAGAUAUAACCCUUGAUAUAUAAAAUAGAAAUAAUAGUUGGGACUAUUGUGAUUUUUUUUUUAAUAUUGGACAGGUUUGCCAUGUUUACACAGGUCAAUUUAUUUUUGCUAGCUGCUUGGCAAAACACAUGUCAACUUCUAAACAUGUUUCUAUGUAUUUAUAGAAAUCAUCAUUAGGUUUGAAUAUCUUAACACAAAAAUAAGUAUAAAAUAAUCAAUUUUAAAUAGUAAGAUCAUUAUAAGCUUACCUUUAUGCUUUUAGAGAAUUUAAAAUAUUAUGAAAAUAGGAAAUAUUUAUCAUAGCUCAUUAUAUACUAUAUAGUCAUAAAUUUUUGUCAUAGCUCAUUAUAUACUAUAUAGUCAUAAAUUAUUGAAGUCUUCAAAAAUAUACUUUUCUAACAAGUUAAAACUAAAUAUGAUUUUAUUUUUAAGCAAAAUAAUACAGUAUUUUGAGAGGUAAAUUCUGUAGGUCAGAGACUGAUUUCCAGCUGAAACUUCUAUGUCAUCAGUAGUUUAAAUCUACAGUUAAAUGAGGCCAUUAAUAAAUCGGGACGCCAUUAGGACUUUCUCCGUCUUCCUGCUGUUCAGAAGCAGCAAGUGGGCGAGGCAAUUCAAAUCCAAAUUGUUCAGAAAGUUUGUUUAACUUCUCUUCUAAGAGAAUAUUUUUCUUCACUUCUUCCUUAUAAUUGUACUUCAGGUCUUCAAUUUCUUCAAAGAAUGAAGGGUCAAAAUUUUCCAGUUCUUUUUUCAGCUUUUUAAUUUCCUCCUAAAAGUUACAUACAGGAUACAUGUUUUUGGUUUGAAAUUUAAAUUUGAUUGUAAACAUGAAAACUCAAAAUCCUAAAUAUUUUUCUUUAUAUUUCACUGUUCAAGGUUCCAUUAUACCAUGUGCAUAAUGUAUAAGCUUCCAUCUUUGGCUUAAUUUUAAGAUUGAAUCUUUAAACUGCCUCAGAUAUUCUCAGGCAAGCUAAAAGGACUUUGCUUUUUACAACAUUUUUCAGUAUUUUUAAUGUUCUGAUUUUUUACCUUUCUAUCUAAUAUUGAUGAUCACGGAAACCCUGGGACUUGUAAGAGUUGAGUACCUGGUGAAGGAGAGUGAUGUGAGCGGUGUUUACACUAACAGUGGUGAGUGGCCAGGGCUCACUGCUAGCCAUUGUGUUUCUGGAGUCUUAAGGGGAAGGACAGAAAUGAUUUAAGGUAAAGAUCCCUGAAAAUAAUUUCAAGGUGCUUAAAAAACACCUUUUCCACCAUGACCCACAAAUUAAGAAAACAGUUAAAAAAAAAAAAAAAAACCCUAAGAGGGUUGCAUUGGUUACAAUUUAAAAAUAAAUUUAUUCUCUAAUCCUUUCUGUUUGUCUGAUUUUUUGCUGUUGCCAGUUGUUUAAUAAAAAGUUGUCAUGAGUCCAAUAAUAAUAAAGUAAAUGUAAAAUAAA